UGGUUUACAUCGGGCUCGAAAUUCUGAAAAUACAUUUUCGAUAUAUAUUUUGGCUCAGACGUUCCAUGAAAAUUGGUCAGCUUGAAAGCAUAAUAAUAUACGAACAAGAUGCCUAUGAUAAAGUUACAGAGUUUGGAGGGGGAAGUAUUCGAGAUAGAUGUAGAGAUUGCAAGACAAUCAGUUACUAUCAAAACUAUGCUUGAAGAUCUGGGUGUAGAAGAUGAUGAUGAAGAACCCGUCCCACUUCCAAAUGUCAACGCAGCUAUCCUCAGAAAAGUCAUCGCCUGGUGCACCUACCACAAAGAUGACCCUCCCCCGCCCGAGGACGAUGAGAACAAGGAGAAGAGAACUGAUGAUAUCUGCUCAUGGGAUGCUGAAUUCCUCAAAGUGGACCAGGGCACUCUGUUUGAAUUAAUUCUUGCAGCAAAUUACCUGGAUAUUAAAGGACUGUUGGAUGUCACCUGUAAAACUGUAGCAAAUAUGAUCAAGGGAAAGUCCCCAGAAGAAAUCAGAAAGACAUUUAAUAUCAAGAAUGACUUCACUCCAGCAGAGGAAGAACAGGUUCGAAAAGAGAAUGAGUGGUGUGAAGAGAAAUAAAGGGAAUGUUUGAAAAUAUUUUGUGUUUAGAGAGAGACUUUCUAAAGGUCUACAAAGGACAAUGACAAACUGUAGUGUUGUCUCCAACGUGCUAUGGACAAAAUUAAUUGUGUUAAUUAAUCAGCCUGAUCACAAUAAUUGUGAUGUUGUAUAUCAUAUUUUGUAUUUAUUUGUGAAGUUGCUUUGACUUUUCCGUUUUGUUAGAUUUUUUCUCUGUCUCUCUACAUUAUUUCACCAAGGUAAAUAAAUUUACACAAAAUUCCCUCUCUAGUUAGCUGAUAUAGAAAAAAAAUAUAAAUUAUGUUCACCUCUUUUUAACAUCUUUGGAAUGUAUGUAGUUAGCACUUUAACUUAAAUUUAUGUGUUGAAAUGAAAAGUUUUUCUACAAGAUGAAAACAAUGAUUUUAAUACCUUGUUUACUGUUUGAAAAAACAUUAACCAAUGUAAAAUAAAAUUUUCCUAAAUAUUA